AUGACCGGACCCAGUGCUCUGAAAAUGGAAGCGAACAUUGUGAUGCUGGGCACAGAUAGCGUUGGCAAAUCUGCGCUCACUGUCCGUUUCCUGACCAGAAGAUUCAUUGGGGAAUAUGGAGAUAUCGAAUCGAUCUACACUCACAAUGUUUUGGUGGACGGAAGAGAGAUAACCUUAAGCAUCUGGGACUCCUCCCAUUCAGAGUGCUGCGAGACCUCUCUGCAGGAGCGGCGGCUUCAGUGGGCUGACGGGUUCGUCCUGGUCUACAGCAUCUGCGACCGGUCCAGCUUCAACACCGUGGCCAAGAUGGUGCAGCACAUCAAGGCCGCCAAGGGCCUUCAGGGAGCGGAGAAGGUGCCCAUCGUCAUCGUGGGAAACAAGCGGGACCUGCAGCACCGCAGGACGGUGACGAGCGAGGAGGGCCGGCUACUGGCCCUCACCACGGACUGCCAGUUCUACGAGGUGUCGGCGGCGGAGAACUACCACGGCGUGCUGGUGGCGUUCCACGGCCUGGUGGGCCGCAUCCGGGAGUCCCGGCUGGCCGUCAGGAAGCCGGCGGGGAUCAAGGGCAUCGUCAAAAGCAUGUCCGCCGUGUUCGGCCGGAAACGGACCGACUCACUGUGAGAUGGGGGCGGAGCGUGGGAGCACGCAUACCGUGCACAUGUACACA